UCACUCCGUCCAUUCACGACUUUCUGUUAUUGACCCCGUCAACACUAGUAGGAGAACAUUCAUCGCCCUUUCAUCGAGCAGCAGCAGGAGGUAUAUUAUUAUCUAACGUUAAACUUAAUGUAUCAAGAUCACACAUGACUGCGUGUUGAAUCAACGCAAAAAUAACCCGUAAAUGCGCGGAGAAAGUCAACUUUAAAUCCCACGUCAUCGCGAGGGGUUUAUUGCUUUGUUUUCCUGCUUUCGGACUUUAGGUCAUAGCGACCGCAGCGAUGGACAUUUGUGUGGUUUUGGGCUCCAUUGGUGCUGCUGCGCUUGGGGGUCUGGUCCUUGCAGCAUAUCAAUUUGGUUUACUUUAUCAGCUGUUUCAUAAGACAGAAAGUAAGAGUCCUCGGCAUGGAGGAGAGAGCGUGGCGGAGGUCCUGCGGGCUCACGGGGUCAAAUUCGUCUUUACGUUGGUGGGAGGACACAUCUCGCCCAUACUGGUGGCCUGUGAGAAACUGGGCAUCCGCAUCGUCGACACACGGCACGAGGCCACGGCUGUGUUUGCAGCCGACGCCGUGGCGAGACUUUCUGGCACAGUUGGUGUGGCUGCAGUCACAGCAGGACCUGGACUCACCAACACUGUCACUGCGGUGAAGAACGCUCAGAUGGCCGAAUCUCCUCUGCUUCUUAUCGGUGGUGCAGCUGCUACUCUACUGCAGGGUAGAGGAGCCCUGCAGGAUAUUGACCAGAUGUCUCUCUUCAAACCUCUCUGUAAGUUCUGUGCUUCAGUGAGAACAGUGCGAGAAAUCGUUCCUACUGUAAGAAAAGCAUUGGCCAUCGCACAGUCUGGCACACCAGGCCCAGUGUUUAUCGAGUUUCCCAUAGACACGCUUUACCCUUUCCAUGUGGUGGAAAAAGAGUUUGCCCCUAAAAACACUCCCAAAGGUCUGAUGGGCAAAGUCAUUGCAUGGUAUCUUAAAAAUCACUUAUCUAAUUUAUUUGCUGGUGCUUGGGAAAACCGUGAUCUCUCCCCACUUCCCGUUAACAUCCCUCAGGCCACAGAGGAUGAGAUUCAAAGAUGCGUGGAACUAGUGAGCAGAGCCAAGAAACCCGUCAUACUGUUGGGCAGCCAAGCAACCUUGCCACCUACAACUGCAGAUGAUGUCAGAAAGGCCCUAGAAUCUUUAGGCAUUCCUUGCUUUCUGGGUGGGAUGUCUCGGGGCAUGCUGGGAAAGAACAGUCCACUGCACAUCAGACAGAACAGGAGGGAUGCUUUGAAGGAUGCUGAUCUUGUGCUGCUGGCAGGCACAGUGUGUGACUUCAGAUUGGGUUAUGGAAAGGUACUGAACCGACGGAGUAAAAUCAUUGCAGUAAACAGAGACAGAAGUCAGCUAUUGAAGAACUCAGACAUGUUCUGGAAACCAACAGUGGCCAUUCAAGGCGAUGCUGGCUCUUUCCUCCUGCGUCUCUCUAAAGCCCUCAAGGGACACAGAUGCCCAGAGGAAUGGCCUCAAAGUCUGAAAGAAGGAGAUAAUGUCAAAGAGAAAACUAACAGAGCCAAAGCAGAUGAGAAGACAGAGCUGCAUCUGAAUCCUCUGAAUGUUCUGCACCGGGUGGAUGAGCUGUUGAAUGAGGACAGCCUCAUAGUGGCUGACGGAGGAGAUUUUGUCGGCAGUGCUGCUUAUAUCAUGAGGCCGCGGGGCCCGCUGUGCUGGCUCGACCCAGGAGCUUUUGGGACUCUGGGUGUUGGAGGAGGGUUUGCUCUGGGGGCCAAGCUUUGUCGACCUGACUCUGAGGUAUGGAUCGUUUACGGUGAUGGUUCCCUCGGAUACAGUGUAGCUGAAUUUGAUACCUUUACACGCCACAAGACACCCGUGAUCGCUCUGGUGGGAAAUGAUGCCUGCUGGAGUCAGAUCUCCAGAGAACAAGUGCCUAUGCUCGGGAGCAAUGUAGCCUGUGGUCUUGCCUUCACAGAUUAUCACAUUGUAGCUGAUGGUUAUGGGGGCAAGGGAUACCUGGUUGGGCGACAGGAUGAGUCACAGCUUGAUGACAUCUUUAAAAAGGCACAGAAUGAGUGCAGAGAGGGAAAAGCCAUUCUGCUAAACGUUCUGAUUGGGAAAACCAACUUCAGGGAGGGCUCUAUCUCCGUCUAAACAGAGACACUGUGCACGAUCCUGCCUAGAAACCCAAAGUUCUGUUUUCUGUUUCAGUUUUACAUUUAAAUUUUAUGGUUUAAUUUAAAAGCCUAAUUAUUUUAAAUGCGGUCAACAUGUUAGUAGACUGACUUGUUUACAAAAAAGAGCAAUUCAGUUAUUGGAAUGGAACAUAGUAUCAACUGCGUGCAACAACAUACCAGAUUGCAGUGGUGUUGUGACUAGAACAGUUUUUAAAGUUAAAUUGGGUGAACCUCAAAACGGUCAUGUUGUGGUCAUAUUUCACCUCAAACCACCAGAAGUUAGACAAUAUUUCGCUCAAAGAGAACAGUUUUUUUAUCCGUUUUUUACAUUUUGACAUUUUAUAAUUAAGCAAACACAUUUCCCCAAUGUCUCAAUGUUGUAUUGGGGAAAAUAUUGUUUUUUUUUAUAUUUAAUUUGACAAGGACUUUUACAAGUACCAUGUGGUAGUAUUUGUUGUACUGCCUUUAAUUUAUGCUUAUUUUAAUAAUUUUAAGUACUGUACUACAGUAUAAGAAUAGAAUAAGGAUAACCAUUGAAAGCUCCUUUACAGGAAUCAUAAGAAUGAUUU